AUGCACUCUUCGCUCACCCUCGCUCUGGCCGCGCUGGCCACGAGCGUCAGCGCCACCAACUACCUGGGCUUCAGCUCUGGCUCCAAGAUGUACGACGACAGCGCCAAGUUCAAGGCCGACUUCAAGGCCGAGUUCGAGGCAGCACAGAAGCUGGAUGGUGCCCCCGGCGACUUCAACGCCGUCCGGCUGUACACCAACAUUCAGGCCUACUCGACCAACACGCCGAUCGAGGCGUUCGAGGCCGCCAUCGAGACCAAGACCCACCUGCUGCUGGGCAUCUGGACCUCGGGCACCACGACGAUCCAGAACGAGCUGGACGCCCUGCUGGCUGCUGUGAAGACGUACGGCACCGAGCUGACCGACCUGGUCAUCGGCAUGUCCAUCGGCAGCGAGGACCUGUACCGCAACUCGAAAACGGGCGUCGAGAACGACUCCGGCCUGGCCGCCCAGCCGGACGACAUUGUCAACUUCAUCAACACCUACAAGAAGGCUGUUUCCGGCACUGGGCUCGCGUCUGUGCCGGUCGGCCACGUCGACACGUGGGAUGCGUGGACGAACUCGUCAAACAAGGCCGUCAUUGACGCCAUCGACUGGCUCGGCGUGGACGAGUACCCGUACUACCAGGGCACCGUCGACAACUCCAUUGGCAACGCGGCUGCGCUCUUCAAGGAGGCCUACCAGGCCACCAUCGGUGUUGCGGGCGGCAAGCCUGUCUGGGUGACUGAGACCGGUUGGCCCUGGACCGGCAAGGACUGGGCGAAGGCCGUGCCCAGCGUCGAGAACGCCAAGCAGUACUGGGACGAGGUCGGCUGCGACUUGCUGUUCGGCCAGACCACCACCUUCUGGUACAUCCUGCGCGACUCCGACUCUGCCCAGACCAUGAAGUUCUCCAUCACCGACGACCUGAACACCACGCCGCGCUGGAACCUGACUUGCCCGGCUGUCACUUCAUCUGCUUCGUCUUCUUCUCUCAGCUCUGCCACUAGCUCCUCGGGCUCUGCUUCUGGCUCUGCUUCUGGUUCUGCUUCCGCUUCCGCCACCGACAAGGCCAGCGGCUCUUCGCACAAGACUGGCACUGCUGCCUCCGAGACCGCUACCGGCGCUGCCACUGGCGCUGCUGCCGGCACGGCUACCGGCACUGCUACCGGUGCUGCUACCGGAACCAAGGAGACUGCGACCUCCGCAGCCCACACCACCACCUCGAAGUCGACCGCGACGGACUCUGCGGCCAGCGGCACGGCUACCUUUGCGACAGCCGGUGCCUCUUCGGUCCGUCUGUCCUUUGCCAGCCUAGCGGUUGUCAUUGGUGUGGCUGCGCUCCUUUAA